UUUUAAAUUGGUUCUUAAAUGCACAUAUCUGAAUUGUAAACAUUGUUGUACAAAACCAUUUAAAUUGUGUACCAUAUAUUUGCAUGAAAAAAUCGAACCAUUGAGAAAAGAUCCAUUAAGCUUACCAGCUCAAUUCGACGUGUAUUAGAAUCUGCAUUUAGACUGUAAAAAUUACAACCGUCAAACAACGGUGCACAUUAAGAGUGAUACGCUCCUGCUGUAGUAAUCAUAGAAGAAGCCAUUUUGCAGAUAUCUUAUUUCAAGCUGAGCAGCUGGGACUCUAAACGACGACAAAUAUUAUUUGGAAAUGACUGACAGCAGGUGCCAGAAGAACUUCUACCAGGAUUCUGGCUUGAAUCGGGGAACAGGAAAAAGAGCAAUCAAACCCCAGCAGGCCAACGAGAAUGACUUCUUCUCUAUCAACUACGAGGCAGCAGAGCCCAGAUCAGGAACUGAGCCACCUGUUGCCUCAGGUCCUUCUUCCGUGCCAUGGGGAACAUCUGCAGAUGUCAAACACACAGCAGUUGGCGAUGAGUUGGCCAUGCUGGGCGCCGGUGCAAACCACAAUUCCCGGAAACAGUCUCGUGAUCAAAACUCUCAAGUAUCUCUGACGGCAUCAAUGAACAGACAGAAAGAGUUUUAUGACCAGAAUCCGGAGUGCAAGCCAGUCACCAAUCACCACCGGGAGGCCAUGCUGGCGGAGAAGAAUAAACCAGCACCCUGGGGAACUCAGGGCGAUUUCGAAGCUCCCUCACACCAAGAACCAGACAGACAUUAUAACGGUAAUGGCAAUAUGUCAGUACCAUGGGGAACGACCGACCCAAAUGCACCCCACACCAAUGGUUUGUCUCACUCCGGAUCCGGUGGCAACAACUCAACUCGCAAGCAGUACCUGGAUCAGAAAUCCCAAAUGACAUAUGAAGAUUCGAUGAACCGACAACGUGACUUCUACGACCAGAAUCCCGAGUCGAAGCCAGUCAUAAAUCAACAUCGCGAAGCAAUGUUGGCGGAGAAGAACAAGCCGGUACCGUGGGGAACCCUGCAAGACCUUGGAGGCACUGCAGAUGGUUACGACCAAGAAUUCAAAGGAAAGCGAAAAGGAAGUAGUCAAAAUGGCCACGGUCCCGCGCCUCCUCCUUUUGCAACUGCUUUCAACGACGAGCUUCCGGCAAACGGACGAAAAGGUGGCGGCGGCAGGGGUGGUCAACAGGCGCAACAAUCGAGUGUCCAAUCUCAAAUAACAUUCUGAAUUCAUCCACUUUAUAUAUGAUAAUUAAACGCUGUGAGAAUCAAUGCGAGCGCAUACAGUAAUGUUAAUGUUAAGGUUAUACUGAUGUGACGUGCUUUACCCAUGACACAGUUUUGAGCUAUGUUACCUUGAUUCAAAUUGUUAGUGUGUUUAUGUAUCAAAUUUGUUGGUGUGAGUUUUGAUAUUGCUUAAAUUAUUGCAAAUAAAGUCAAAAUUCAACUGUUUCCAUCCCGA